AUGGAGCAAAUCAAGCAGUCCUUCGCCAAAGCGAAGCAGCAGAAUCGCGCUGCUUUGGGAGCAUAUGUUACCGCAGGAUAUCCCACGGUGGAAGAGACGCCAGAUAUUCUUCUCAGUCUAGAGAACAGUGGUGCAGACAUGAUCGAGCUCGGUAUACCAUUCACAGAUCCAAUUGCGGACGGCCCAAUCAUCCAGGAGGCCAAUACGAUCGCUCUUGCCCAUGGUGUCACAAUUUCGGGGGUGUUAGACAUGGUCAGAGAGGCGAGGCGUCGGGGCCUUCAGAUCCCUGUCCUUCUAAUGGGGUACUAUAAUCCAGUACUUAGCUAUGGCGAGGUGAAGCUGUUGAAAGACUGCAAACAGGCGGGCAUCAAUGGAUUCGUACUUGUCGACCUCCCUGUUGAGGAAGCAAUUCCUUUCAGGAAAUUCUGUGCGAGCGAUGGGCUUUCCUUUAUCCCUCUCAUUGCUCCUUCUACGCCCAUUUCUCGCAUGAAAUCCCUAUGCAGCCUAGCUGAUUCAUUUAUCUACGCUGUUUCGAGAAUGGGCGUGACCGGUGCUUCUAAAUCACUGAGCUCGAACCUUCCGGAAUUUCUCGAUCGCAUCCACACCUACAGCCGUGAUACGCCAGUUGCACUUGGCUUUGGCAUCAAUACACGAGAGCACUUCUUAUCGGUGCAAGACAUGACUGAAGGGUGUAUCAUUGGCAGUCAGAUCAUAAGUACUAUAGGCGCCGCGCCUUCCGGUCAAGCCGCUAAACAUGUGGAACAAUAUCUUUCUGGAAUUACCGGACGCAAGCUUGAGAGGGGUCACAGCGGUGUAAUUUUGCGUGAGAUUAACGUGUUGGAGCCACGCAUACCUGCUGCGAGACUCAGGGCCGCCGGAGAGAAUGCGCGUCCCGAUACCGCGCAGUUGUCUGACGGCCAGGUUCCUGUUCCGUCCACGCGCUUCGGUGGUUUUGGCGGCCAAUACGUGUCGGAGUCUUUGAUGGGUUGUUUAGUUGAAUUGGAUCAGGGCUUCGAGCAGGCACGACAAGACCCUACAUUCUGGGAAGAAUUUCGGUCCCAUUACGAUUAUAUGGGAAGACCUAGCUGUCUCUAUUUUGCUAAACAUCUCACGGAGAAGAUUGGUGGAGCAAAUAUUUGGAUCAAGCGCGAAGAUCUCAACCACACUGGAAGCCACAAGAUUAAUGAUGCCCUAGGCCAAAUCCUCCUGGCUCGAAGGUUAGGGAAGACGCGGAUCAUUGCUGAAACGGGUGCCGGCCAGCAUGGAGUGGCCACUGCCACUGUCUGCGCCAAGUUUGGAAUGAAAUGUGUGGUCUAUAUGGGAGCAGAGGACGUCCGCCGCCAAUCUCUGAACGUGUUCCGUAUGAAGCUCCUCGGUGCUGAAGUGGUGCCGGUGACGACCGGCAGCCGCACGCUUCGUGACGCAGUUAAUGAAGCUUUACGCGCCUGGGUGAAAGAUGUCGAUACUACCCAUUACAUCCUUGGGUCUGUUGUUGGUCCUCACCCUUUCCCAACAAUGGUGCGUACCUUCCAAUCGGUAAUUGGUGAGGAAACGAAAGAACAAAUACAGGAGGCUAUUGGUAGGCUCCCUGAUGCAGUCGUUGCAUGUGUUGGAGGAGGUAGCAAUGCAUCUGGCAUGUUCUAUCCAUUUUUGAAUGAGCCAAGUGUUCAAUUGUUGGGAGUGGAAGCUGGUGGUGACGGUCUCAACACAUCUCGUCAUUCAGCAACCCUUUCUGGAGGUAGUAAGGGUGUCCUUCAUGGAGUAUACACCUAUCUCCUUCAGGAUGAGCACGGUCAGAUCUUGGGAACCCAUUCUGUCUCUGCUGGUAUGGAUUACCCGGCCGUGGGGCCUGAACUUAGCUCUUGGAAAGACAGUGGGCGCGCCAGUUUUAUCGCUGCUACCGAUGCUGAAGCCUUGGUUGGUUUCCGCGCGCUGGCAAUGUAUGAAGGUAUCACCCCCGCCCUGGAGUCCUCCCAUGCUGUAUUCGGCGUCAUUGAGCUAGCCAAAACGAUGAAAAAAGGUGAACAUAAUAUUGUUCUCAACCUAAGUGGGAGAGGUGAUAAGGAUGUUAACACCGUUGCCGACGUCCUGCCUCGGCUAGGACCUGAGAUUGGAUGGGAUUUGAGGUUCUGA